AUGUCCGCCUCAGUCAUGGUGAUGCUUCCCGCCUGCCAGGGGUACAUGAUCCAGCCCCACCCUAAAGAGAGCCAGAGGCAGUGCCCCAUCUCCCUCGGGGCCCCGGGGGGACCGGCGUUCCGGAGGGCCAGCACCAAGUCCGGCCGUGUUUGCAGGCUCUGUCCACUGGUGGCCGAAGAUGAUGCCAUGGCGGCCGUGAGGUGGCCCGAGUGCCCCCGGCAGGCAGGCGCCCUGCGGGGAUCUCCCCCGACAGCCUGGUCUGACUACACCGAGGAGCCUGGCCAACAGAGGCAGGCCUGCAGCGUCCCCAUGUGGUUGACCGACGAGGAGGCCAAGGAUGGGGACAGCUCCGUGUCAUCGGGCCGCCUCUCCGGCUCCUCGGGGGGCCACGGCUCGUGCACCCCGCCCCACAGGACUUGGACCGAGAGGGCCCCCCAGGUGCCGAGGCCCCCGCGGCAGCCGAGAGAGAGCAACCCCCGACUGGAGCAGCUGAGGGGCAAGAUCCGGGCCCAAGCUCAGCGGCAGGCGAGCUGUGCCUCGCUGGGCACCUCGGCGCCCUCCAGCGCCUCACACCUCUGCAAGGCCCCCACGCCAGCGCCCCGGAGGAAGGCCCGAAAGCCGCCAAACCCCCCUCCAGCCCCGGCCUGCCCAGGCAUCCUGAGUGGGACUGAAAGUGGAGUCGAAGAGAAGGCGACCCCCGGCCAGGGGCGUGAGACCUCCCGGGUCUCCCAGCACCAGGCCUCAGUUGCACAGGAUAAAACCAAAAGGAUGAAAAGUAGUUCUUGCAAAACAGAGAAGGCCCCCAAGCCGCCUGCCCCUAGGAGAGCUGCCAAAGACACAGAUUAUGAGUUGGUUGGUGUUCAUGCCUGGAGGAAAGGACAAGCUCUGGUGAGGGUGCUGCUGGGGUCCCCACCUGCCCUCCCCAGGCUCCAGAGCAAGGCCCCCUCGAGAGACCAGGCCCCCAUCGCAGCGUUAGGUACCUUCAAGAAGGUUGGAGCCCCCGAGAGCUCCCCUGUCCACCCUCGGAUGCCAAGUCCAGCCUCUGUCCGCAGUGACCCGCAGAUGCCCGCAGCCAACGUGCCCACCCUGGCUUCCCGUGAUCCACCCGUGAACGUCCAGGCUGCUAUGGCGGUCCUUCGAGACCUCCGCCAGCAAAUCCAGGCUGGGCUGGAGCUGGCCCGGUCCCGCCACCCGAGCCGAAGGCUGGAGCUGCACAGCCUGGCAGGGAGGAGGCGGCCAAGCCCCUGGAAAUCCCCAGACGUCCAGGGCUCCUUCUGGAAGAGCCCUGAAGCCCCGAUGGACGGGCUGCCCACUUCCGAGAGGGCUGGGAGCCUCCCUACCACACGGCGCUGGAGCCCCGUGGCCGAGUGGGAGUCCUAUCCACACAGGACCUGGGCGGCCCCAGGAUGGGACACCUCCUUCCAGAGAUGUGUGAGCCCCACCGAAGGGCUGAACUCCUUUCCCCAGCGGCCCUGGAGCGCCUCGGCCAGGCAGGCCUCCUGCCCACCGAAGACCUGGGCGUUCCAAGGACGAGACCCCGCCUUCCAGAGGCCUGGGAGCCCCCCCGAAAGGUGGGUCCCCAUCCUGCAGCGGUCCUGGAGCGCCUCAGCCGGGCAGGCCUGGGGUCCGCAGAGGGCCUGGACCGCUUCUGAAGACCUGGCGACCUCCGCCCCGAGGCCAUGGAGCCCUCUGGAAAGGCCGAGCCAACCCACCUGGCGGCCUUGGAGCGCCUCCUUCACGCAGGGGCCCAGCCCCCUGUAUCAGGGCAGGGGUCCCCUGCGGACCCCCUCGGGGGCCAAGCUCGCCUGGCCGAGGCCCAGCCAGGGUGCCCUUUGGAAUGUGCCUGAGAAGGAGAAUGAGGUGCGGCCACCUCGGCCCUGCCCCAAGCCCCGGGGGGCCCUGGGCCCCCUCCACGGUUCCGAGUCCCUGCGUGAGUUCAUGCGCCAGAAGACUGUGGCCUGGCGGCGGCAGGCCCUAGAGGAGAAGGCCUCGGCCAUGCGCUCGCUGGAGCUCAGAAACCAGAGGCUGCAGGACGCCCACAGGAAGCAGAGGGAGGCCGUGCUGGGCAGAGCCGUCCCUGUGGUCUCCCAGACGACCCCCGGCAUCGUGACCUUCGUCCCGCAUGCGGCACAGUCCAGGGACCUGGAAGCCGCCGCCGGGCCGGGGGUGCCGGUGCUGCAGUGGAGCAAGGUGACUUCUGGCAUGGUGCUGGGGGACCAGGAGGCCCCAGGCAGCUUCUGCCUGUGUUUGAACAGAGCCUUGAACCCCACCAAGACUCUGGAGGUGGGGGGCCCCCAAGAUGGCUGGGAGGGCACGCCCCUGCUGAUGCCAGCCAGCUCCGCCCUGGGGCCCCUGAAGUUCCAGGACCUGAGCACGCACUGCCGGAACCCGGGGCUCUGCAUAUACCUGGACCCUGAGGAGUCGGAGCGCCUGGGCACGCCGGGCCCCCUGCACUUCCGGUACAAGCAGGCCCGGCUGCAGGCCCUGGAGACCAUGGCCAGCAUCCUAAAGCAGCGGAUCGACGUCCUGACGGACAAGCUGCGCCGCUCCGAGGCGAUGGAUGCGCUGGUAGGGCCUGGCCCGGGGCCGCUGCCCUCCGACGCCAGCACACCGGCCCGCCCCGGAGCCCUAGUGCCCAACGUGGGCCCAGGGGCGCCCUGGGACUGGGCAGGGCUGCGGGCCAGGCCGCUUCUCUCCACCACCGGCUUCCGGGACACAGAGACGGCGCGCUGGAGCCCUGGCUGGGAGCGGCCGCAGAGCGCGAGCCCCAGGGCCCGCCACGCCAGUGAGCCCAUAGGUUUCACGGACAAUGGACGCUCCGAGCUGGAUGGGAGGCUGGCAAGAAACGUGGCUUCUUUCCAGGCCCUCAGCCCCUUCGCAGGGAGCUCACUCGGGGUGCCGGCCACGCCAGACCCCCGCAGCGGCUCCCUGCGGCUGGAAGAGACGCGCUCGGCCAGAGGGGCAGGCUUGGUCGCGCCCUGGACCCUCCGGAGCUGUGGUCCGCUGUCCGACGUCCGGCAGAAGUCGCUGCGUUUCCUGGAGUCCCUGAAGCCGGACCGGCGGGAGCAGGGACAGGCGCUGACCCUCCUUCGGCGGCAGGCGGAGCUGGAGGUCUGGGAGACGCAGAAGGCCCUGGGGGAGCUGCUGUCCAGACCCAGGCUGGAGCGGCUGCGGGAGGAGCACUCAACCCAGGCCAGGCCAGGGGCAGCCUUGGAGCUGGAGCGGCCGCAGGUGCGUGUGGAUCCGGAGCCAAGGACCUUUCAGAGCGCCGCGGCAGCCAGGCCCAGCUCAUACCCACUCCCGGGCCGAGACGCGGCCACGCCCUGCCCUAGUCUCCAGGAUGGAAAUAAGAGUUGGGCGGACGUGUCAGCUCACGCAGAGCCCAUGCAGGAAGGGAGACCAGACCAGCCCCCGUCCCAGCUGCCCCCAGCCAGGCUCUACCCCUGGGAGGAACCCAGGUUCCAGAUGCUGGAGCAGAGCUUGCGGGAAGAGGACCUGCGCGGGCGGCACCGGGCCGCGCUGCUGCGCCUGCGCGAGAAGGCGCUGGAGGAGAAGACACGCGCCGAGCUGGCCUGGCUGGAGCAUCAGCGAGGGUAUCUGAGCAGCAUCGGCAGCUACACAGCGCUGGUAGCCUUGGCGGAGAAGCAGCAGCAGGCCCUCAGCCACCUUGAGCGCGAGCUGAGGGGCAUCCGGCACCUGUGGACCCUUCACCUGUCCUCCCACCGAGAGAGGAAGCUGCUCCUGCAGCAGCAGAAGGACAUCAUCUCCGUGCAGAGGUCCGUGGCCCUCCUGCAGCAAGAGCUUCAGGACCGGACCUGCCUGCCUCAGAGUUCCAGCCCUGAAGUCAAGGGCAGGCGGGAGGAGGGCCCUGGGACAAGCCCCCGGCAGCCGGAGGGGCCGGCCCAGGGCUCCUCACACGCCUGGCACACGCCUGGCAGCCCCCUCGGCCAGCACCCGCAGAGGAGCGAGAGCCCGCCAGUCCCGCACCGACUCAGCGAGCUGCAGGACGGGACACCCCCUCUGGCAGCUUCAGCUGCGGACGGUCACCUGCAGCCUCCGAGGCUGGCGUGGGACGAGGACGCACGCACAGCGGCUGGCCGACCUGAUGCCAGAGGCCAACCGCUGGAGAGCCACGGCCACACGGGCCAAGAGCCAAGGGAGCAGCCUGAUGUCCCUCUGCCGGGCCUUCCGCGGGCGACCUCCCUGGACACAGGAUGGCCACCAGGCCCAGCCUUUCCUGCAGGCGACGUGGAGGGGAGCCUUCCUGCCGCUCAGAUCUGCUUACUGCCGGUGAAGGAGCCACCCCCGGGAGACCCCCAGACCGGCCCCAGCCCCCGGCCGGUGGAGGAAAAGACCCGGGCUCUGACGGGAAGCCCAGCAUCACACUUCCAAGGCCAGAGUCGACCCUCCCUGAGCGCAGGGUGUCCCCACAGCCCCCAGGAAGGCCGUCAGGUGGCUGAAGGCGGCGGAAGUCCCGCGGGGUUGGAACCGGGGCUGGACUUUGCCGGCAGCCCCGUGGAGGGUCCUGCCGCUGUGGAGGCUGCUCAGAGCUGCUCAGGGGAGCAGAGGGUAGAGACCUGUCUGCAGGAGAACCCCCACACCCCUUUCUCCUGCCUGGAAGCUGCCCCACUGACCUUGUCUCCUGCAGCUGAGGUGGUGGCACCCCCAGCCCUGCACGAGGGUGGCCCCCCAGCCCGGCUCACGGCCCCUUGGGACCUGGGCUCCGAGUCCACCCCCAGCGCCUGCUCAGAGGCGUCUUCUCCAUGGUCCACUGCCGCCUCCUCGGGGAGCCUCCCGUCCUGCCCUUCCCUCCAGGAGUUUCAGAAAGCAUCUGCCAUCCUGGUCCAGCUUUCCGAGAGCCCCACCUCCCUCUCGGAUGGGGAAGCCAGGGGCACUCCGGACACAGACCUCAGCUGGGCUGGGGGGCUCCCUGCUCUGGACUCCUGGGGGUCCCACCGGGGUGGAGGGCCGGAGACCUGGGAGGGGCUGGAGGGCACUGAGGCCCUUUCCGGGCACAGCUCUGGCACUGGGGUGGGUGGCCUGGCUCCGGCAGGGGGUCUCCCCGUUGCCCAGUCUCUGCGGUCAGGGUUGGAGCAGUCCGAGUUGUCCAGCGGGGUCUGGGGCCGGGAGAGCCCACGGGACCCUGGCGCCGGUGCGGGGCCAGCCCCAGGGCGCUGCUUGCCUGUAGGACAUGCAUCCCACUUGGAAUGGGCGGGGGUGCCCCUUGCCCUGCCUCCCUUCCUGGGCCCAGGGAAGGGGCGGGAAGAUUCUGGAACCAGUGGGAGCCCGACCAGUGGAUCAGACACAGGAAAAGCUCAGCGGCGGUCCCGGGAGGCUGCAGGAGCAAGGCUCCCAUCCCAAACCUCUUCCUCGGGUGAUUUACACUUGACCCUUUCCUUCCCCUCCGGGACCUCGGUCUCUGAGUUUGGCCAAAGAGGAGAAACAGUGCCUCCGCAGGCCUCGGGUGGCUGCCCAGAGGGGCCCCAGGGCACUCACCCGAGCCCUUCCACUGAUAGGAAACCUGUAUGGACCUCCUCGGAGCCUGAGGUCCUCUUGAUGCCAGGGGCUCCUCCUGGGGACCCCGGUGGGCAGGCAGCCCAGACAGCUGAGAGCUGGGCCCCUGGGUGUGGAGGAAGCAGAGCCCCCCCUGUCCUGAAGGAAGCCUGCACUCCUCUGGCUGGCGGCGUCUUGCCUGAGAUCCUGUCCCCGGUGGGCGAGGCGCUGUCCCAAAGCAGCUUGGACCUCCCGCCCUCCACCCAGAGGGACGCUUGCCUCCCUCCUCUGCCUCCCAUCCUCCCAGCGGAUGGAGAGGCCGACCCUGCCAGCCCCCACUCAGAAGACUUCCCUACCCCGCCCGAAGAUGCUGUGUGUCCUGGGGUCUCACUGGACACCCCAGGGGAAGCUGCCUCCCUCAUUAUGGGAGAGUGGUCCUCCUUGUCUGGGGAGGGUCUGUCUGAGUCGCCAUCCCCAGGGCCCCAGGAGGAGGCCGGGCUCUGCCUCGGGGUGGCAGGACAGGGCAGAAGCCUUGGGGAAGUACUGGGUGAAUCAGGUUCUGUUGGGAGGGACCAGGCCACGGACAGCCGGUUGUCUGAACCGGUCAGCUUGGGGUCUCCCUGCUGUGGGGGAGCAGGGGAUGCCCCGGGGUGGCUCCCAGUGCUGCCAGCACAGCCCCUGACCCUGUCUGGAGUGGCCUGUGUGUCUGUGGGGAGUCCGGCGGCUGGGGACCCAGGGCUGCCUGGCUCCGGGCAGGGGGACCCUGCUCUGGCCCUGGGUGCCGGACCGCAUGCUGCCCUCCCGGGCGUGCAGAGAGCCGAGGUGGUGGGCCUGCUGUCCGCCCAGCUCAGCAGCAGGGUUCUGAGGGACGCCCUGGCCGUGCUCUCGGAGGCAGCCCCAGCAGGCAGCCCGGCGGCCGAGGGGCCCAGCCGGGGCACGCGGGCUCACACGGCGGCCACUGGGCAGUCGUGGGGAAGGCUGGACUUCUGA